UCAUCUGUGAUAUGUACAUUAUAGAUAUGUUUACACAUAGUAACAACAUUAUCUUGCUUUAAUCAUUGGAUGGAAAUUGCCGGAUUUAUUUGUUUCCAGUGGAAAAAAACCAGUGGAAAUUGAAAGUGAAAGUUUACGACUCAGUUUCCAAUGAAGAAUGCCGUGAGUUGUGAUUCGAAAACCUACUUUCGAUUUGUGGAGUAUUUCUUAGAAUUGCACAAGGCUAACGCAACGGCCACAUCGACAAAGUGAAUGCUUCAAAAACAUUAAACCGAUUAACAGGGACGGCGAAACGACGAAUAAUGGCGUAUUAUCAACGUAACCAUCAAAGUAGGGAACCUGGACAUCAAGGCAAUGUUCAAUAUGGGCCUGGAGGAGGAAGAAGAAGAAGAGGUGAAUUCUACUGUUCCGGAAAUGAAAUUCGAAGUCAUUCAAAUAGCGGACAGCAAUACAACAGUGGUCCAAAUGAAGACUUCCAUGAUCCUCUUCCUCCUCAGGAAAGAGGAAGGUCACACAAUGCUAGUCAGGGAGCCAAUUUCGGACGUCCAACAUCAGGACACAGAAAUCCCAGUCCAAAAACCAGAAAUAAAUCUCCAUAUGGUCGAGGGAUGAAGAGAGAUUGUUAUGGACCCACAGGACCUCCUAAUCCAAUGAUGUUUACAGACAGCAGACAGUUUUAUUGCGAUCAGAGUCAAAGGAGCUACUAUUCUAACAGUAGUCAGGGCAGUGGAGGAGGAAGACACAGGGAUUCCAAUUCUGAUUUCCAUCUCUCAAAGAAGCUAUCAUUUCUUCUGCGCCAUGGAGCAGAGAAGGAGGGAUUCACCUUAAUGCCAGGUGGUUUCCUUUUUGUAGAGGAUGUUUUAAAACUUCCUUCCCUCCAAGAUUUUCGAAUUGAUGAUGUUGAACGAGUUGUUGCAAACAAUGACAAACAGAGAUUUGCUCUCAAGCGAAAUCCAGAAAACAAGCGAUUGAUGAUACGAGCCAAUCAGGGUCACACUAUGGAGGUAGAUGAUUUAGACCUGAAACCCAUCACCAGUGCUAACGAGGUAGACCAAGUCAUUCAUGGUACUUACUGGAAAAGCUGGGAAAUCAUACAGAAAACGGGUCUGAGUCGCAUGGGAAGGAAUCACAUUCACUUUGCAGCAGGAGAACCAGGCGAGAAUGGAGUUAUUAGUGGGAUGAGGUCCUCCUGUGAGGUGAUUAUAAUGUUGGACAUGAAGAAAGCCUUGGCUGAUGGACUCAAGUUUUUCCGUUCAGCCAACAAUGUGAUCCUGUCGGCUGGAGAUGAGCGUGGUAUUAUCUACCCAGCUUACUUUGAUACUGUUGUACAAAGAUACCCAAGAAGGAUGCUGCAGUUUGACAAGAAUAUAACCAAGACAAAUGUUCAAGAAACUGCUCCUAAAAGCAAGAAAAAGAAUAAAAAAACAAAAAAGCGUGGGCGAGAGGAUGAGAGUGAGGAAGGGAAGAAAAACACAGGUCAGGAGAAGAAAGAAAAGAAGGAAAACCAACCAGAGAUAGAUGUUGACAUAUCAGACAUGUUUAUUGAAAAAAAAGACACAUCCGAAGAUACAACAGAAUAUUUACAUGAAGAAAAAGAGAAAGUUGAUACUCCCAUAGUUGAUGAGAAUCCAAGUCAACCAAUUGUUCCUUAUUCGGACGACGAAUGGUCCGAGACCAACUCAGAAGUCAAAGUGGAGGAAGAGUAUGAGGUUACAGAAAUCAGUGACAGCCCUGAGAGUAGAAGUGCCGUAGAAAGAAUUUGUGAAACAAAGUCAGCAGUGGCCAUUUCAUGCUAUGGAGACAAAUUGGGAGAGGAAGAAGGCAGCAUUUCUCACAUUCUGUGUGUGGACAGGAAAGACUGUUUUCUGUUUUGUGUUGGGGAGAAUAAAAGUUUGAUAACAGAUGGCAAACUACAUGAUUUUCUCACUUCUAAAGAAUUCCCUAAGGUUUUCCAUGGUUGUGGCAAUGCCUCUCAGACCCUGUUUAAACAGUUUGAGAUUCUUCUUGAUGGUACAAACAUCUAUGACACAAAGGUAGUUUAUGAUUUGAUGGUGGAAGCAGGUGAGGGUAACAUUACAGACUUUGAGAAGGUGAAGUUCUGUCCACAAACUUGGCCAACUGACUUUCCGUCCACUACACUUGAAAGUCAGAAGAUAGAUGAGCGGGAUAGAUGUGUAUCAAUCCUUAAGGCCUAUGAACUGAUGGUCAAAGUUGAUGGCAUGGAGAAGAAAUACAAAAAAGAAAUAUUUGAGGAAGCCAAUCGGUUAAUUGGCAAAGAAAACAUUAAGGCCUUUAGGGAGGCUAGGAAAGUCAAGGCUAAAGAAGCAAAAUCUCAAAGUGAACCACCACCAAAGAAAUCUGGGAAGAAGAAAAACAAAAAGUGAGCAGGGUGUCUGCCUAUGGAUAAUUGAUAACAUUAGAAUUUAGUUACUAGGAGGGCCUUAUUGAUUAGCUAAUGUUACAGUUAAUGAUGUCAUUGGUAAUCACAGCCAUGGUACACACUGAUGUACACCUUAUACACACUAUUUUGUAUUAAUGCUGUACAUUUCCAAGCUUGGGCAUACAUCGUUAUAUCAACAUCUGUUUGGCAAUAUUAAUCAAGUUGGAUAACAAAUUUCUUUUUUGAAAUAUUUCAUUUAAGUUGUAUAUACAGUUUGAACAUUAUUGUAGUUACAAAGGAGUCAUGAUUUUGAUAUAUAAUAUGUUGAGGAUAACAUAGAUAUAUUGUGUGGAUAGUCCAUUUGGACUUUAAAACUUUUUACCAUAGUAUGUCUUAAGCAUAUUGUGAUACUGUCUGGUUAAUGAAAUCUAUCCACCUUCUACAGACUCUGAACUACGAGAAUGUAAAAAGGUGUAUAAAGUAGUAAGACUUCACAAGACUGUAAACAGUGGAGGUUUUAUAUAAUCGUGACGUAUUUGUACCUCUCCAAACUCAAAACUAUGAAAGUUUAUAUAGAGUUACGAUUUACAGUAAUUGUAUACUUCUAAAAAUGCAAAACUAUUUAAUUUUAUAAAGAGUUAUGAUGUAGUUGGACUUCUUUAAACUGAAAUAGUAUUAUGAACUUUGUCAAGUGAAUGAUUUCCGAAUUGUCUCUGUAUUUCAUUGAGGAAAAGAGCAUGUACUGAGAUGAAGAAUUUUAUCUAUGCCUCCAAACCUGUUGUUUUUUUAAUCACUUUUUUUUCAUAAUAUUUAAGUUUGAUUUUGCUUACUGACAAUAUAUAUAUCUUUGUGUGUUUUACUUAGUAUUGCAGCUGUCUGUGGCCAAUGUACAUAAACCAAUUGUACAGUUUACCUUUAUUCUGUUUGUAUACACGUACACAAACCUGCAAUAUGUACACAAACCUACAAUGUAGACAUGUUUAUUCUAUUCAGCAAUGAAUGAUUAUUAAUGUUAAAUGAUAUCAAUAAAGAAUCACUGAGCUUUUUUCAAAGCAAAUUAAAUGAAUGAUGGUAUAGACCAGAAAUUUGUGUGUACAUUUAUCAGGCUGUUACUCCAAACCAACAUUUGUCUUCAUUCUACAUCUGUAGCUCAAACUAAUUAAGAUUAAACUUGUGUGUCUGGUCCUUUGUGAGACACUCUGAUAUUGCAGUUACAUAUGUGACAUAGGAGUAGAAAUAUCUGUGUAAUUCUUAAUUAUCUUGAAUAUUGUUAGCUAUGUACAAUGUUUACAUCAUUCAUACUUGUAACAUUUGUUUUAACUUUGUGCAGAGAAUUGAAAUAUCAUCACAAGGUUUUCAGCUAUCUGUGUAGGAUCUCAAUUAACAGAUCUCUACAGAAUUUGAAGUCAUGUUGUAGUUACAGUUUUUUUUCUUUUCUUUUUUAAUAAAUCUGAUGGUUAAGUACAUCUUUGUAAGCAUGCUAAAAAUGGUGCAAGGUCUCUGCUAAAUUCAAAAGAAUAAAAUGUUUAUUCCUAGCAAACCAUUUGUUUGGUGAGGUAGACAAUAUAAUUUUGCAAGUUUAGUUACCUUUUCCAAGGGUAAUAGAAGUAAAAACUAGAAAUUGUAGUGUGUGAUUCUGUUUUAUUUCACAUAAUUCUUCUUAAAUAUAUCCAAUUCUGUCACAUUGAUGUAUCUAUUACAAUUUUCAGUGCAGUGACUGAUAUAUUGCAUGCAUCAACUGCUAAAAUAAAAACAAAUAUCAACAAACA